GUACGCAAUCCAAGUCCUUCCGGUGGAUGCCGCACACAGUGCACGUUAGCGCACAUCCAAACCAGAGCUAUUUGCUCCCUUCCACCUAUAUCCAUGUUCAGAGAGAGAGAGAGAGAGAGACAGGGAGAGAUGGGGUUAGAAGAUUUGGGAGAUUUGGUCCUCAGCAUCAUCUUAUCAAAAGUAGGCCCAAAAAAUGCUGCUAUGAUCGCCUGCGUCAGCCGUCGAUAUAGGGUUUCAGCUUCCGACGAAGGUCUCUGGCUCAGAUUCUGCUCCGAGGAACUCGAUCUCUCCUCUCCCGAAGAUCCGUACGGAAAACCUGCGCCUUCCUUCAAGGUGACAUAUAAAUUAUGGAAGGAAGCUUUUGGUAUGUAUCCUUGGCCUCUAGUGAGGAGAGCUAAACAAUGUUGGAGCACACUUAAAAGUUGGAUGGCUGCAAACUUUCCAGAGGCUGGCAAUACUCUGCGGAAAGGUGCAUCCGAAGCUGAAAUAAAGGUGUUGGAAAAUGAGCUGGGGGUGACUUUACCUCUUCCUACUAGGGUUCUGUAUCGCUUUUGUGAUGGCCAGGAAAUUGGAGGUCCAGAAGAAUUUUUGGGCCUUAUAGGAGGUUACUUCUUUUAUGACCAUGCAGUAAAUGUAUACUUGUUACCUUUGAGUGGGGUAAUCUUUGAAACGAAAGAGUUACGUCACGGUGGUUUUCCAAGCACAUCUAAGUAUGUUGUUGUGGCGGCUUCUACUUAUAUGGAUAAGUUGUUCAUCCUUAACUGUGAUGAUGGUCAGCUCUACGUUGGUACUGGAAACUUAGCUACAAAUAGAGAAAUGAUACCAUGUGUACCUGAUGCAUUGAUAAGAUCAGUGCAUGAUAUGAACAGUUUUCAGCUGCAAGACGCCAUCUUGCUGUGGUUAGAAGAACAUGGCAGGCGCUUACAAAGUGGUACGAUUCGGCUUCGUGAAGAAAGAAAAAUCCGUAGUAUCAGUCUAUUCCCGGAAACAUCGCCGGUCUGUUCCAUUGCAGUAACUAAUGGUGUUCAGGUUCGUGCUUCUGCUGUAUUUGUCCCAGAACUAAGCAACCUUCAGAAUGAGGAAGAGAAGUACUGUUUUUCUUACUCAAUCCGCAUGCGUCUUCUGCCUCAGGGCUGCAUGUUGGAUGGUGUAUACUUUGGCUCUUGUCAACUGUAUUGGCGGCAUUGGGUCAUUCGUGCCAAUGAUGUUGUUGUAUCUACUGCUGGCGGAGAUGCUGUCAUAGGAAAGCAUCCGCUCCUAUACCCAGGUGCUGAGGAAUUCGUUUAUGAAAGUUGCUCGCCCAUGCGAUCUUCUUCUGGUUCUAUCGAGGGUGCUUUCACAUUUGUUCCUGGCAGGUUGGUACACCCCAAAGGAAGGCCGUUCAAUGUAGAAGUCGCUCGCUUUCCUCUUGAAUUGCCUGACUAUAUUUUCUGAUCGGACCCAUGCAGGAAUGGUAAAUUACCAAAUGCCAACACUGAGAUCUGCAUUCUAUUUUGUUAUUUGCUUUUCUUUCCUUGUUGUUAUGAUGUCUACUAUCUAACGUUGAUGUGCCAUGACAAUGGAUCUGUUGUCGUGGUCCUGUGUCUGUUUCUAUUAAAUACUGUGUUUUAAGGUAGUCGAGUUUUAUUUGUGCCAUAUUUACUACUGUAAGAUAAAAAUGUCAGCUGAGAAACCUCAAUGCUUUGUUUUGUUUGAUAUGAAACCAUGGGGUGGUUCUCUUUCUGGAUUUAUGAAUAAUGGGCUCACUGUAAUUUUCACCACAUUUGGAAUAGAUCACUCUUCUUC